AUGGCUGCGACCUAUAUUCCAGACGGAAUAGCUUCGCCUAUCGACAGUGCAAAAUCGGUGCUGUCCCCACUAUCUCUAGGGGUCCCAGCACCCAGAUCAAAUGCGUUGCAGAACAGAGUGACAAGUGUGCUCUCUGCUUCCUAUGCAGAUCUAGAAAUUAGGGAUGCACUAUCUGGACUGGACGAGCGAGACCUGCGUAACACGGCAACCACGCGUCGGCAUAUUCGACUGGACGUUCAAGGAGAACUGAUCCAGUGCAAUGGCGAAAUCGUCCAGGACUUUGGCAAGGUUGCUCAGCAGCUUAAACGAAUCGGUGCUGCAAUCGAGAAUCUCAACGCAAGUUGUGCCGAGAUGAGGAAGCACAUCGGUGCCGCUCAUCAGGAAACUGGACCAAUGUUGGACGAAGCCAAGUCAAUACUCAGUGACAGGCAGCAAGUCGAGAAGAAGCAGCUCAUGCUGAAUGCUUUCACUUCACACUUUGUUGUCUCCGAUGCCGACCUUUCUCUCUUGACAUCGACUGCCGAGCCUGUGGACGACGGCUUCUUCCGUGUCAUGACCAGGGUGAAGAAGAUUCACAACGACAGUCAAGUACUGCUAGGAUCGGAGAAUCAGAGACUUGGACUGGAGAUCCUUGAGCAGAGUUCGCGACAACUGAAUGCUGCUUUCCAGAAGCUGUAUCGAUGGGUUCAGCCCGAGCGACCAACAUUAUUUCAGAACUGCCUGGACUUCUUCGCUGAAGCAAGGGAGAAUAUCAUGUCUAAUAACUUCUAUGCGGCUCUUACUGGCGCACCUGUGGACCAAGACCAUCCUGUUCUUGGCAAGGCGAUCGAGCUCUCCGCACAUGAUCCACUACGCUACAUAAGCGAUAUGCUUGCAUGGGCGCACUCAGCAACCGUGUCUGAGCGAGAAGCACUCGAAGUGCUUUUCAUCUCAGAAGGCGACGAGAUUGCCAAAAGCAUACAAGCCGGCAUUGAAAGCGAGCCGUGGUCUCGAGAGGACGACGAGACCACUACCGCAGUGUUUGACGGCAAGGAGGCACUGAGCCAACUCGUGGACAGAGAUCUCACAGGUGUCUUCCGACAACUCAAGCAGAGGACAGAACAGGUCGUCCAGAGCCAUGAGGUAGCCGCGUUGGCGUACAAGAUCUCGAAUCUCCUUUCGUUCUACAGCAGCAUAUUCGCCAAUCUCCUUGGACGAGAUUCUGCUCUGCUGGAGACACUUCGGUCAUCAUCAGAGACAGCACUCCGGAGCUUCCGUUCCAUCAUGCGCGAUAAUGUCAUCAACUUGCAUACCGGCCUUGCGAUAUCUCCGACAGAUCUAGCGCCUCCUGAGUUCUUGACAGAAGCUUUGGAGACGUUGAGCGUGCUGAUGAAGAGCUACGGCACGUCUAUCGUCACGGCAGAUCGAAAUCAGCGAAUCGAAGGCUUCCAACCUGUCUUACAGGAAGCGCUCGAUCCGUUCCUGGCUGGAUGCGAGAACAUCACAAAACGGUUACAGAAUCCCAACAAUCACAUCUUCGCACUGAAUUGUUUGCUCAAGACAAGAGAAAGUUUACGCCAGUACGCAUUCGCUGACAAAAGUGAAGACCUGCAACCAAGACUUGAUGAUCACGAACGGGAACUUACAGAAACUGUCCACACCCGGUUCUUGCAUGAAUCUGGUCUCGCAACUCUCGUAGACAAUAUCACAAGCGCACAAGAUCUGGCCGCUUCGUACAAGGAUCCCAAGCAGCUUUCGUCUGUUGCACAACAAUUGGACGCCUUCUUGCCUGCUGCCACUGAGGAUGCGAGAGCUUUCCUGGGCCAGCUCGAGGACAAAGUAUUGGUACGCCGCAUUAUUGAGCAUGCUGCCGAAGGCUUCUGCGAGGACUUUGAGGAGAUAGAAGAUCUGAUUAUGCAAGCAGAUGAGACGAGAGAGGCACAGGUCAAUGGUGAGAUGACAGAUGAUAUGUGGUUGCGGGAUGUGUUUCCAAGAACCGGUAACGAGAUCAGGGUGCUUCUGAGUUAG